AUUUCGGGGUGCGCUGAAGCUUUCAGAUGUCUGGACUCUGCUCUGCGAUAGUUUGACAAUUGCGAACGGACGCUGGAGACCUUACACACACCCGCGGUUCUAAUGGAUUUCGUGGCAACCACUUUGCGGCAUAUUCCGGCUGUACGUGUAAAAAAGGGAGCCUUGAAAUUCUUCGCGGCGGAAAAAUCCGACGAUCCAUCAAGCGUUUGACAAGCAAAUUUUACGGAAAGAAGAAGACGGGCCAGAAGGAGAGGAACGUCGACUGCCAGCAGUCCAUCGCCGAGGAAGAUUUCGUGGAUUGCAGAGGAUCGAGAUAGGCUGAGGAAGAGGAGAAAAACAAGAGCAGGCGAGGGGCGGCGGCCUUGCGCGGAUGAUCGCUGCUGAAAAUCAGUCGAGUUCGCGUGCCGGCUCCAGGCUGGGGCAGUACGAGGAAGUAGCGGGCGACGGAAGCGUGGGUGGCGGCAACGAGAGUGGUGGAGCCGUUGAGACCACUACCUCGGAGCCAGGUGUAAUGAAGAAAGAGGAGCAGGAGGCGCCACGAAACGAGAACUCAACGAAAGAGACGAACAGCGCAGCAACGGUAACUACACCUAGCGGCGUCGCGACUACGAGCACGACGUCUUCGACGAUGCCUGGUGGAGGCGCUCGCAGCGAUGAGGAGCAGGAGCAAGAGGAGGAGGAGGAGGAGGCCGAGGAAGACGAGGAGGACGACGAGGAGGAUGGAGUGGAAGUGGAGGGUGGAGCGGCGCAGGAGGCGGUCGGUGGAGGACUCGUUGGUAGCGAGGGUGGGGGUGGAGGCGGCAUGGCCGGCUUCUGGAGGCAGAGCAGACCCUCCAGUCCCCGCAUGCCGCCUCCGGAGCAGCCGGAGCACAGGCCUAAGAGCCGACACGAGCCGGCGCCCGCGAGAUACAACAACCUUGGCUACUGGAGGGCGAGAAGAGUCACUUUCUACAAGAAUGGCGACCCGUACUUUCCUGGUAUCGAAUUCAGGUUCAAGCCCGGACGAGAUAUCGGAUCUCUGGAGGCCCUCUUGGAUAGGCUGUCCCUCCGGAUGGACCUGCCGCGAGGAGCUCGACACAUCUUCUCCAUGGACGGCGAUCGCAAGCUCACCCUGGACGAGCUCGAGGAUGGCGCAUCGUACGUGGUAUCCAGUUACAAGUCCUUCAAGCCGGCCAGCUACGGAAAGAAAAGCAACACUUGGUAUACGAGCCCCACUGGCGGAGGCAGCAGAGGUGGAGCAGGUGCCGGAGGUGGCGUCGGAGGAUGGCAAAGUAGACCACCAGCGGUGGCGAGCCUUAGCAGAAAAGCUUCCAUCACGGACGAAGCACCACCUCCCGGAGGUGGAAAACCUUCCUCGGGACGCGUCAUACGGAUCGUCAACAAUCACGAUCACACCGUGCAGUGUCGGGUCUUGUUGAAUCUUCGCACUUCGCAGCCAUUCGAGGAGGUAUUGGAGGACCUUGGACAAGUACUGAAGAUGAAUGGUGCCAAGAGGAUGUUCACAGUUUCCGGCCAAGAGGUCAGGAGUUUCUCGCAGUUGAGGAACGAAUUCGCCGACGUGGACACUUUUUACUUGGGCACUGGGUCCGGGAUCGGCAUCGUUGGCGCUGUGACGGCAUCCCCAGCGAGGAGAUCCAGGUCGAGGGGGCCGCCCACAGUGGUCGAGGACAUCGGUCGUCAAAGGCGGGCGCGCAGCAAGAGCAGACCGCGCGCUCUCUACGCCCCCGAUUCUGACGUCGUCCGAGUAAACGACUACAGCGUCGUCGAGGUGUUGCGCGACGAACCAGCGAGGGUGACGAUUCGAGGACUGAGACGGUCCUUCUAUCCGCCGUCUCACCUACCACCGGUGGACAACUCGCCACCGGACAAGAAACUGCAACUCGAAUGGGUUUACGGGUAUCGGGGCACCGAUACGCGCAGAAACCUCUGGGUUCUGCCCAGCGGCGAGUUGCUCUACUACGUUGCUGCCGUGGCUGUUCUCUUCGAUAGAGAGGAAAAUGCACAACGGCACUACGUGGGCCACACGGAAGACAUCACGUGCAUGGAGGUUCACCCAAGCAGAGAGCUGGUGGCAUCGGGGCAAAAAGCUGGCAGACACAGAAAAGCGCAACCUCACGUUCGCAUAUGGUCGACAGAGACUCUUCUCACUCUGUACGUGUUCGGGAUGACCGAGUUCCAGAUGGGCGUCUCAGCGUUGGCGUUCUCGCAGCUGAACGGGGGCAGCUACGUUUUGGCUGUCGACGCGGGGAGAGAAGCGAUACUCUCCGUGUGGCAAUGGCAGUGGGGCCAUUUGCUGGGCAAAGUGGCGACUAUGCAAGAAGACCUGACGGGUGCGGCGUUCCAUCCCCUCGACGAUAAUCUCCUGAUAACGCACGGUCGAGGACACUUGACCUUCUGGAAUCGACGAAAGGAUGGUUUCUUCGAAAGGACGGACAUCAUCAAACCUCCAUCGCGCACGCACGUGACGAGCAUUCAGUUCGAGCAAGACGGAGACGUGGUGACGGCGGACAGCGACGGUUUCAUCACCGUUUACUCCGUGGACGCCGACGGAGCCUACUUCGUCCGAAUGGAGUUCGAGGCCCACAAUAAGGGCAUCAGUUCCCUCGUUAUGCUAUCGGAAGGCACCCUGCUUUCCGGCGGGGAAAAAGAUCGUAAGAUCGCCGCGUGGGAUUCUCUGCAAAAUUACAAACGCAUCACCGACACGAAGCUACCGGAAGCAGUAGGAGGAGUGCGUAGCAUUUAUCCGCAACGUCCAGGAAGAAACGACGGGAACAUUUACGUGGGGACUACGAGGAACAACAUAUUGGAAGGAUCUCUUCAAAGAAGAUUCAAUCAGGUCGUUUUUGGUCACGGCAGACAGUUGUGGGGCCUCGCGGUGCAUCCCGACGACGAAGUUUUCGCCACGGCGGGCCACGACAAGAAUAUCGCUCUUUGGCGAAGACACAAGCUUUUGUGGACGACACAGGUGGGUUUCGAGUGCAUUUGCAUAGCAUUCCAUCCGUUCGGGGUGGCACUUGCCGCAGGAUCUUCGGAGGGUCAUCUUCUUGUUCUCGCGGCGGACACUGGCACAGCUGUAGCGACUCUCAGAGUCUGCGGAUCGCCAUUAUCGUGCAUCGGUUACAAUCCGACUGGCGAAAUUGUAGCGAUGGGAUCACAGAACGGCAGCGUGUAUCUCUUCAGAGUGUCUAGAGAUGGAUUCUCGUACAAGAAAAGCAACAAAAUACGCGGAACGCAGCCGCUGGUGCAGCUCGAUUGGAGCUCUGACAGCAGAUUCCUUCAAACAGUCACGCAGGACUACGACCUAGUGUUCUGGGAUGUGAAAGCGUUGUCGUCGGAAAAGAGUCCUUUGGUGAUGAAGGACGUGAAAUGGUACACUCACAAUUGUAUGGUUGGCUACAUGGUGUCCGGAAUGUGGAACAAUCGCUAUUACCCUCUGACGACGGUCCUGACGACGUCGAGUAGGUCAGCAGCCCACGAUAUGCUCGUCAGCGGGGAUGCAGAGGGCUACCUGAGACUAUUCAGAUACCCGUGCACCAGCGCCAAGGCUGAAUACGUCGAGGAGAAGGUGUACAGCUCCCUGGUGGCUUGCGCCAGAUUCCUUUACAACGAUCAGAACGUGGUCACCGUCGGUGGAACCGACGCUGCGCUCAUGCUUUGGGAAUUGGUCGACGAAUAAGCGGAACUCGCUG